AUGGCGUCCUCGCGCGCGCGCAAGUCCGAUGGCUUCGUCCUCGCCUGGGCCAUCGCCCUCCUCGCGAUGUACCUCGGCGUGUCCUUCGACCGGAGGCUCGCGUCGCCGCUCCCGAAGACCGCGCACCCCGCGCUCUUCUCCGAAGCGCGCGCGCUCAAGACCGCGCAUUCGCUCGAGCGCGCGGGCCCGAGGCCGGUCGGGUCCGCGAACGAGGCGGCCGCGUUCGACGCGAUCGAGGACGAACUCCGCGCGAUCAAGCGCGCGGUGGACGACGCGACCGCCGGCCGCGGCGAUCGCGGCGGCGACCGCGACCGCGUCGUCGUGGACGUCCUCCGCGCGUCGCAUUCCGGGCAGUUCCCGCUCAACCCGGGCGGGGAUCCGAACAAGGAGAUCACGAUGGUGUACGGCGACGUGACGUCCGUCGCGGUGCGCUUCCGUCGCGCGGACGACGAGGACGGCGGAGAGGGCGGAGACGCCGCAUCCGCUGACGCCACGUCCGCCGACGAGGAGGAGUAUAAAUACGCCAACAACGGCGCGGUGAUGAUCAGCGCCCACGUAGACAGCGUGCACGUCUCCCCGGGCGGGUCGGAUAACGCGAUCAACGUCGGGAUCGCGCUCGAGGUGGCGCGCGCGCUCGGCACCGCCGCCGCCGCCGCCGGAGACGACGACGAAGAUAAAACCCGAAACGUUCGAAACCGAAACGUUCGAAACCGAAACGUUCGAAACCCGUGGGCCUCUCGCGCGAACGCGGGUUCGGUGAUCGUCGUCUUCGUCUCCGCGGAAGAGGAAGGGUUCCACGGCGCGCACGGCGUCGCGACGACGCACCCGUGGUUCCCCUCCGUGACGUGCGCGUUAAACCUAGAGGCGAUGGGCAACGGAGGGCCGCAUCGUAUGUUUCAGGUCACCGCCGGCGGGGACUCGAUACAACUCCUGAAACUGUGGUCCAAGGCGGCGCCGCGGCCGAGCGGGACGGCGGUGGCGUCCGACGUCUUCGCCGCGGGCGUCAUCAAGUCCGACACCGACCAUCGAAUCUAUCGCGACGUCGGGAACGUCCCCGGGUUCGAUUUCGCGUUCGUGGAGCGAACGGAGCGGUACCACACCCCACGCGACGUCCUUAGCGCAGUCAGACCGGGGACGGCGCAAACCUCGGGGGCGAACCUUCUCGCGUUCGCUCGCGCGUUCGUCGCCGCCCCCGCGGGGGUCUUCGAACCCGGCGGCGUCUCGCGAGACCCGGACGUGGAACCCACGGGUGGUAACGCCUCGAAGAAGAGCGUUUUCACGACGUGGUGGUUCUCAAACGCGUUUCCGUUUUCGCGCGAUUACGUCGUCGUCGAGAACGUGCCGCGCUCCGCGGGCAAGUACUUCUUCUACGCCGGCGCGGCAAUCUUACUCUUCACGACGCGCACGGCGUUCCUCGCGGGUUUACAUCCGGUCACCGGGGAGAUUCCGGCGCCGACGGAGCUCUUGAAGAACGCGCUCGCGGCGCCGCUGGUCGGCGUCGUGACCGCCGCCGCGUUCGCCGCCGCGCCUCUCGCCGGCGCCGUCUCCGCGGCGGGCGCGUCCGCGCUUCUCGGCGCCGCGACGCCGUGGGCGUCGUCCGUCGCGUCGCUAGUCUGCGUCUCGACCGUCCCGGCGACGCUGGCGACGUUGGGAGUGUUACGGGUGUUACACUAUCUCCUCGCGGACGGGUGCGUCGGCGGCUCGGACGCGGCGGCGUCGUGCGCGACGUUGGCGGGCGUCGCGUCGACGUUUUUUUUCCUCGCCGGAUACGCCGUCCUCAAGGGUCUCGGCGGCGCGUACGUCUUCGCGGUCUUCGCGGUCUUCCUCGGCGGGUUCCUCGUCUUCGAGGUGUUGCGCGGUCGGAAGCGCGCGAGGCCGACGGCGACCGGCGGCGGCGGCGGCGACGACGGGUUGCGGUUCCCGUCGCUCGCGAAAAUCGCGCUCGCGCUCGCCGUACCCCUGUACGUCGCGUCGCCGGUCGUCGUCACGCUCGUCUCGCUCCUGUUCGGGAUGACCGGUCGGUCGCUCGUGGGCCGAGACGCCGGCGGCGGCGAACACGCGUACGGCGCGGUGACCGGCGCGGCGUGCGGCGCGGCGGCGAUUUUCCUCUCGCCGAUGCUGGUCCACUCGAAAAAAACGUCGCGUCGAAACGCGCGCGCCGCGAAAGCCGCGACCGUUCUCUUCGUCGCGACCGUGGCGACGUUGUGGAUCUCGCACUCGGAUAUGAACGGCGGCGCGUGGAGCGUUACGAAGCCGUUACCGGUCGUGAUGACGACGGUCGUCCCGGGCGCGACCGGGACGUCGUCCACGCGGUUCGAAAAGGAGGCGCCGGCGGCGGCGGUGUUGGUGCAGCCGGCGGGGCCCGGGUCGCUCAGGCGCGUUCUCCUAUUCACACUGGUUCCCAUACGACCGCGUCGGCGUGGUGAACGCCGAUCCUUACGGACUUUUGCUAUCUUCUCUCUCCGCCCACACCUCGUUGGGCUCGCCGCGGCGUUGCGGAGCGCGCCGGGCGCGCGCGUGGACUGCCGCGGCGGCGGCGGCGGCGCCCCAGGGUACCUCGACCUCGUGUCGUACGGCACGGACGAUCUGAGGGCGUAUUGCCUGGUGCGGACGGAGGGGUUGGACGACUCGAGCGAGGCGAGGGUUCGCGCGCCGCCGACGCUGACGGUUCGAAGAGACGACGACGGCGGCGCCGGUCCGAUCGCGGUCGAUCUGGAUUUGAACGGCGCGACGCGUUGGGUGGUCGGGAUCGAUCGCGCGUGCGUGAAGAGAGUCGCGAUCGUCCCGGUCGCCGGAAGCGGCGGUUUCGGCGGCGGCGGCGGCGAGCGCGGCGGCGGCGGCGUCGCGCGCAAGCUGAUCAAGUUGCACCCCGCCUUCGCCAGACUUUUUUCGUUUCUGCAUCGCCUCGGCGGCGGCGGCGGCGGCGGAAGAAGUCGCCCACCCCCCGACGACGACCGCGUCUGGCGCGUCGUCGCCGCCGCCGCGUCCGGCCAGGGCACCGACGCGCUGCUCGGGCGGUACGCGUUCCACGGCUCCGGGGGCGCGAACGCGCCGUCGCGAUACGCGGUGUGGAUCGAGCCGACGCGGUACGGCGGUCAGGCGCGUCAUCACACUGGUCCCCAUACGACCGCGUUCGCGUCGUGA